AUCAAAAAGAAAAACGAACGGUGUUGAUAAAAGCGAACCUGUGAUCUGAGUCGUCUCCUAUCUGCUUUCUUCUCCAGCGUCCGAUCUCUUCUCUUUCCUCUUUCUCCUUUCUAAUCCAAUCCCUUCUUUUAUUCUCUCGCGCCAUAUUUUAACAAAUCUCUCUCUUUUAAGGGCUUUUUCGAUGGCGGCGGAGGCACCACCACCGGCGAGUCCAGGCGGAGGCAGCCACGAGAGCGGCGGGGGUGGCGACCAAAGCCCUCGCUCCAACUCAAAUGUUCGCGAACAAGAUAGGUAUCUCCCGAUCGCUAAUAUUAGUCGCAUCAUGAAGAAAGCUCUUCCUGCUAAUGGUAAGAUCGCUAAGGAUGCCAAGGAAACUGUUCAGGAAUGUGUUUCUGAGUUCAUCAGCUUCAUCACCAGCGAAGCGAGUGAUAAGUGCCAGAGAGAGAAGAGGAAAACAAUUAAUGGUGACGAUUUACUAUGGGCCAUGGCUACAUUAGGUUUUGAGGAUUAUAUUGAUCCUCUUAAGAUUUACUUGACUCGUUACAGAGAGAUGGAGGGUGACACCAAGGGCUCAGUAAAGGGUGGAGAGACAUCUGUUAAGAAAGAUGUUCAGCAGAUUACAAAUGUCCAGCAGAUUUCUCACCAGGGUUCUUUCUCACAAAGUGCUAAUUAUGCAAAUUCUCAAGUUCAGCAUAUGAUGGUUCCUAUGCAACAUACAGAGUAGUCAUUGGCUCUCCUAUCAAGAAAUGCCUUCAUAUAGUCCUACUAAAUGUUUCAUCCGUGUUUACAACAAAUAUUGGACCGAAAUAUAAAUCCAAUGUAACCACUAAAUUAUGGAUAGUUUUGGUUCUCUUGUGAAGAUUAUUUUCCGUUAAUGUUAAUGUUUGUAUAAAUAGGGCAUCUUUAGAAGGAGAAUGACUAUUUGAAGAAAAAUUGUAAAUCUUGGAAGGUUCAUUUUCCUAUUAUUUUUAGAGUACGAUAGGAUCUUUCGUUGCA